AUGUCGCCCAUAUCAACGGAGGAAACUAGACAUAAGAGAACAAGGUAUAGAAAUGAGAACUCUGACAAGAAUUCUUGGAAAAAAGAGUAUGAAGAUGAAUUGAAUCAAGCGAUGUUGUCAACGAGGAAACGCGAAAAUUACACCAGAGUACCACAGUCCGCAGGAAUCUCUGAUAAUGAGGCGGUGGUGGAGAAAAUAAUGGAAUCAAUUAUGACAAGCGAGAAAUAUCUCAAAAAAAUAGACAGCAUAGACUUCAGGCUGAAUAGGUUGGAUAUAGAAGUGCACGAAAAAACCAACAACAUAUUGAAAUAUUUAGGGGCACUAUCCAAAUCUAUUCAAAGUCAAUUGUUUUCGGAGAAGUUGGACACAUCACUGGACAUUUUGAAGACCGAUAUAAGUUAUGUGAGGUCAAAGCUGGAAAGAGUAACCCAAGACAGGGCCAAUAAUUUAGUUCAGAUUGAUGGUGGAGAACUAAGACUCGAAUCUAGUGUAGAUACCAGACUUAAGUUCGUAGAAGAUCACGUUAAGUCGAUUAUGGCGAGCGUGGAUUCGAUCUCAAACAUAAUUUCAGAAGUCAAACAUCGUCAAAACAGUAAAAUUUAUCACAGGCCGGAGAUCAGCGGAUCGCUGGACGCUUUAUCGUUGAUAAGCGAAUUCCGAAAAGCUCUGCAAGAGCAGAAACCGAAGAAAUGUGAAUGCAAAAUCGGACGUAUGGAUCGUAAUGAGCGUUACCCCACUGAUUGCCACGAGAUACAAAUGCAGGGCUUCAACAUAUCGGGUAUAUAUAAAAUCAAACCAGACGACAUGGAGUCAUUCUACGUAUUAUGUGAUCUCAACACGGCAGGAGGAGGUUGGACGGUAUUUCAAAACCGUUUCGACGGAUCGCAAGACUUCUAUAAAACGUGGUCCGAGUAUAAAUACGGUUUCGGUAACCUGGCGGGCGAGUUCUGGUUAGGGCUGGAACAGCUACACCACCUCACCAGCCAGAAGUUGUACGAGCUGCGAGUGGAACUUGAAACGCAGCAUGGCCGCGACGGGUUCGCCAGUUACUCUGUAUUUACAGUCGGCCCUGAACACGAAGGCUACAGGAUCAGCACUCUUGGCUCUUUCCACGGGUCUGCAGGCGAUUCGUUGUCUUACCACGCUGGGCAAAAGUUCUCAACCCGUGACGUUGACAAUGAUGAAUGGAAAGAUGGCUCCUGCGCCACGGAGCACGGUGGUGCGUGGUGGUACAAGGAAUGCGAUAAAAGCAACCUCAAUGCCAGAUACUCACUCUCAGCCGAGGAGCCACAGGGCCAGAACAUGUACUGGAUAUCGUUCAAGGCGCCAGCUGUACCACUUAUCAAGUCGCGUAUGAUGAUCCGGCCGCUUCCAGCCAGCCGACCCAUUGACUACAAUCAACACCCCAGGAAAAUUUUAGAAGGUUCUAAACUAAGAAUUGGGGACGAGCAUGCAAAGGUGUUUCGAGUAAAGCCAGGAGCCAUCGAGACGGGACCUCCUCGCAAGCCCUACCGGUACGAGGGGCACUCGCGCGACGAUGUCUUCUUCCCUAAUUAUACG